ACUCACAGAAGUAGUAAUAAUCCAUUUACAAAUUAAACAUAAUUAAUAGCAAUCGUAGAGGUCUGCAUGAUAGUCGACUAAAGAGAUAUAAAUUGCAAUUGUCACAGGAUUUGUCAACUGCACAAAAACAAAGCAAUUAAAAACUACAAACACAUAAGUAGAAUGAAACGGCCUAAGGUAUCGGGGAAAUACCCUUUAUUUCCCAAACAUCGAUCAAGAUAAGGUAAAUCUGUCGUCUUAGGUUUAUGAAGUUAUUAUUGUGAAAGGUAGAAUCGGAAGACACAUUUAGAACGGAUUACUCAUAAUAAGUGUUUUGUGAUGACAAUGUUUACUUUAAGUAUGCGAUACCGUUGAUCGGACUUGCAAAACUACAUCAAAACAAGUACUUAAAAACUGAAUAAGCUAUGUAUGACUGUUAACAAUGCUGUUUUAAAAAGUUUGGAUUGCAUGGACAUCAUGAAGUUUGACUUUGAAGUAUUUCAUUUUCUUAAUUCGAGUAUAAUGUGAGACAAACAAACAUAACAAACAAAAUAAAACAAAAAACAAAAAUCAACUGGUUCAAUUUGAUUUUUCAAGAAAGGCUGACGUUGUGACCAUGACAGUGCUUUUUGACAAUGUUUUUGUGUAUAAAAGUGAUUAUUAUCGCGAGGAAUAUCGCUCCGUUGAGUUCAAUCAAGGGCCAGGGACGUCGGUUGGUAAAUAUUUGAAUACUAACCGGAAUUACCUCCAUUGAGUUCCUCUCCCGCUGAUGGUUCUAAGACUGUAAACGCCAAAUUCCCUUAGAAAUAUAGUUGAAUGAAUAUAUGAAAUGGCUUUACAAUAUAUUUCGUUUCUGUGUGUUCCCUCAAAGCGUUUUAUAAUCGCCUAUACGGUAUAUUGCCUGUUUAUUCAUCCAGCUAAGCAUUCGAUAUAAAGGUAGUACUAAUAUUGUUCAGUUUAAAAUGGAUAUACAUUGGACUAUGAUCGUAGGGAUUUUGAUAAUCAUCGCUUGGUUUUGGUAUUUCAAUUCAAAAAUGAACCGACUAAUGCAAGAUAGGAACCAACAUACUACUUUAGUAAAAAAUGACAAGGAACAGCAGACGGAAGAAUACGCAGUUAACAUGGAUCACCAAACAAACGUAGCCACAAUAAACAGAUAUCAACAAACAGAGGUAGCCACCGACAACGACGAAGUGAUAACUAUUGACAAACAUCAACAAACAGAACUAGAGACUAUUGACAGAGAUCAGCAGACAGAUAUAUGCACGGUGGAACAGACGGUAAAAGCGCAAGGUUUGGCCGUUGACAGCAGCCUUGUCUGCGCUGUGAAAUAUGAGUUAGAAAAGUUAGAAAACAGCUCAAUGGCUACCGAGUUCUUGGAUAUAAAAAGGAAAAAUGGACAUAAAGGUAUAGAGGAAAAACUAAAUAUUUUAGUAAACAAUUGGAAGACAACUAAAUUGAAUAUUGCAGUCAUUGGGCGAGCUGGUGUUGGAAAGUCUACUUUCAUUAACACAUUUUUAGGUCAAAAAGUUGCAAAGACAGGGUCUGUCGAAACAACAACCAGAUGCAAACCUUAUUUCCACCCUAAAAAUAACAAUAUGAGACUGUGGGACGUUCCGGGAGUAGGAACACGUACAUUUCCAAGAGAAGACUAUCUGCAGAAAAUAAACUUCCAAAGUUAUGACUUCUUUCUCUUAAUGCUAAGCGACAGGGUUUAUGAAAACGAUUUAUGGUUAAUGAAGUGCAUUUUGAAAAUUGAAAAGAAGGCUUACAUCAUAAGGUCAAAAACAGAUGAAGCGAUUGCAAAUGCACGAAAUGAUUAUCCUGAAUGCUCUGAAAAAGAAGUUUACGAUAUGAUAAAAGCUAACCUCGUUAAAGAAUUCCUUUCUGAAGACAUUCGUGAAACAAACGUAUAUCUCAUAAGUGGACAAGAUGACAGCCGCUUUGAUUUUAAACUUUUAGUUUCAACACUUUUGCGUGAAACACCUGAUUUGAAACGCUGUGCAAUGACAUUUUCUGUUGCCCCCCUGUCUAAUGACAUUAUAACAGCGAAGGUAGAAGAACUUAAGGCACGAAUAUAUACACAAUCAUUGGCAGCAUCUUUUGGAGCCACAAUACCGAUACCAGGUGCUGGCAUUCUCAUACAGGUGAGUUUGUUGUACGAAGAAGCUGAUUUCUACAGAAAGCAAUUAGGCACAGAUGAAGACAGCUUAAACAAGAUUGCAGAAAGAUUAAAAUGCCCUGUCAAAGAUCUACAAGUAAAGUUAGACAUGAAGAUGCAUAUUAUACUUCGUACAAAAGCGGCUUUAAUAUCCUUCUUAGGGGCAAAUGCAGCGACAGAAGGAAUUCAAUCUGUUUUGAAGCUAGCAAUCCCAUUAAUUGGAAGCCUCAUCGCGGCAGGCACAAAUUAUCCGCUCUGCGUUUAUUCAUUGAGAAAAAUCCUCUCAGAGGUUGAGAAAGAAGCACGAAGCUUAAAUGCAUAUGUAGUAAAUUGGAUAGAACGUGAAACCCCGGUUUAAAUUCUAAAUAAUUUGGUAAUUCAAAUCCGAUUCAUAUUUGAGAGAAUAACAUUUUUUUUAACUUUUAAACACUGUGUGAUGGUUUGUUGGCGUGAUCGUUAUUCUCUGCAUAUAGAAGUUGUGACUAACCACGACUUGUCUAAAUAUUUGGUGUGUUAAUAGUGUGUUAACGUAAUUGUGAUCACUUUUAAAUUGUGUUUGAGACAAUCCUAUUUGAAAAAUGUUUAAAAGAAGAGAUUUCUUAAAAUAAAAAUGCCAAUAUAUUUCAACAACUGAUAUUAAAUAACACUUUAAAUCGUCAAAUUAGCUCUUUGUUUUCAUAUAUUGUAGCGAAUCUUGGAUGAGUUUAGCCCAGUAAAAUUGUAUGGGAAAACAAGACAUAAGAAAGUAGCUUUGCGAUUAAGCUAUCAGAAAUAGCUUAUAUCUUGUUUGAUUACUGAAUCGAACUUUCAAUGAAGGUAUAACAUAUAAGUUUAUUAUAUAUUGCGGAGUUAAGCCGUUGUGUGAAAAAUUAUGCAAUUUAUCAUCUUACUGCAGUGCUCUGUCAGGGUAAACUCUAAAACGAAUAAGUGUUAUAGCUUGAUUAACAUGUUAAACUAUAGCCAGUAUUUUAGGGUGAAAAAUGAACAAAAGUUGAAUAUGUGAAGGAGAACAUAUACAUGCUAAUAAAGUUGUAAUGCUAUAAACAAAUAAAGUUCACUUUUUUUAGUGAUUAAAUUUGUGUUGUAAGUGUAUUAGUUUGAUAAGUAUAUUUCGCUGUAGCAAAUAUAACUGAUAUGUCAUGUGUGUAUGUAAUUUAAUAAAGAUGAACUGUACAUAUUAUGUAAAUAU